AUGCGCACAGGACAUGGCAUCGGAGCUCCGAGACUAAGACGAGUUUUCAGGCAAGGACUUACCUGUCUGCUGCCGCCGUUAUGGCUUCUGCCGCUGCUUCUUAGACAGGUACGACCACUGCCACUCAGGGCGGCACUCAAGAUAAUGUCGGGCGGCCAGCACACGGAGCCACUGAACUUAACGGGAAGUGACCAGGGGAGCUGCAAACAGCGCCUUGCACACCUCCUUGACAACUGGUGGUUCAACGUGUUCAUUCUCUUCGUGGUGUUGGUGGAUCUGACGGUCAUCGCCCUGGAUGUCACUUAUCGAGCCCAGAAAAUUCCUGCCGGGGAGUAUCUGGUUCCUCAACGCAUUGUGUGCCUGGUGGUCUACUCCUUGGAGCUCGGCGUGGUCUUCUUCGCAAGGGCGCACUGGCCGUGGGAUUUGACGUGGUGGGUGGUCCUUUUGGCGACUGCCCUGUCGUGGCUUGACCCAGUGUGGCGUGAGCUUGAUGCUCACCACUUCCUGUUGUGCAUUAGCUUUCUCCGCAUCACCAGGCUCUUCAAGGCAACGGUUGCCUUGGCAGAGAAGACGCCCUUGCUGGGUGGCCUUCGCGCCAUCUGCGCUGAGAUGUCGUCAUGUCUCGGGAUUUGGUUCUGGGCCUGGGUUGUCUUGUCUGUCGUGAACACCAUGUUGGCUGUGGUGCUCGUUGAGCUGGUUUACCCUGCCCUGGCAGACCGGGAAUCCAGCUUCUGGGAUUGCCCUGGAUGCUUACAGCACUUCUCUUCGGUCCUGGAAGCGAGCCUCUGGCUCUUUACAGCCGUUUUCUCCGGCGGCUGGGAGAAAGAAAUCACCCUCAUCAUCCAGGCAACAGGCGGCUGGACAUGGCCGAUCUUUGGUGGCUCCUUCAGCAUCCUGAGCUUUCUGGUGAUCAAGGCGGUAGCGGAGAUCUUUGCCCUCGUGCUUUCCAGGGGUGAUCACCGGGCGCUUGCCAAGAGGGAAGUGCACGAAGCCCCUGCUGAGCCAGUCCAGACGGUGGAGUCGCACACUGGUACAGACCUCGACGCAGAUACGAAGCUCCUGCAAUUGCUCCUCGCCCGCUUCCAGCAGGACGACCAGGGGAGGGCGAGGUUGGACGGGCUCUUGAAGCAGUUCUGCCAAGCUGGCGCGGGAGUGGCUGAACAUCCCCGGCAGGUCGUUGCCAAGGAGGAUGCCCUUGAAACCACCAUAGGCAAAAGCGCAGAAGGUGAACGCGUGCAGGUGCUGUAA